AUUCAUACACGAACCCCACUUGGUUCAAACGUCAUCGAGUGUUAUUUCUCUAUUGGUUGGCCAAACCGUCACUCAACUGCGCUGCGUCCAAUCACAGAGCGGCCUUUCAAUACUAAAAUUUUGGCGCUGGUCGGAAGAUGGCGGAAAAUUUGAAAGCUCAAGUUUGUAGGGUAGCAUGCAUCGCUACUGAAGACCAGUUGGAGGUGAUCUGUCGAGAGCAGGGGGUGACGUGUGAAGAGCUGGGCAUCAACAAACACAACCUGUGCAAUUAUGAGGUGGAAUAUCUCUGUGACUACAAAAGGAAAGUUAUCACCGAUGGGAAGAGACAAACAAUACAGGAGUUAUACUUGGUGAAAUGGAAGGGGUACCCUGAAUCCAGCAACACAUGGGAACCACGGAGGAACCUGAAGUGCAUAGAUCUUCUCAACCAGUUCUGGGAGGACCUGAAUGCAGAGAUGCAGAGACAGAAGAAACGUGCUGCCCCUCGUCGCCUAGACCCUGCCACAGUCUCACAGCUCAUCCAGCGGGCGAAACUCAGACAGACCCUUAAACAGUGGGAGACACACCUCAACAGCCUGGGCACCCACAAGGGCCACAUCUACGUCCGGAACCAGGUCGACCUGGAAGGCCCGCCUAAGAACUUCACUUACAUAAACGACUAUAAAGUCGGUGAUGGGAUCAUGCUGAACGAGGUAUCCGUGGGCUGCGAAUGUACAGACUGCCUGGGCAACCCUGUGGAGGGAUGCUGUGCCGGAGUGUCUCAGCACAAGUUUGCUUACAAUGAGUUAGGCCAGGUCCGCAUUCGGCCCGGGCUGCCCAUUUACGAAUGCAACAAGCGGUGCCGUUGCGGGAUCGACUGCCCCAACAGAGUGGUGCAGAGGGGAAUUCAGUAUUCCCUCUGCAUUUUUAGGACAGACAAUGGAAGGGGAUGGGGGGUAAAGACCAUGGAGCGCAUUCGGAAGAACACUUUCGUUAUGGAGUACGUCGGGGAGAUCAUUACAACAGAAGAAGCAGAUUGCAGAGGUCACAUAUACGAUAAAGAAGGCGCCACCUAUCUUUUUGACCUGGAUUAUGUUGACGACGAGUACACCGUGGAUGCUGCUCACUAUGGAAACAUCUCUCACUUUGUUAAUCACAGUUGUGACCCCAACCUUCAGGUAUAUAAUGUGUUUAUUAAUAACCUGGAUGAGCGGCUGCCACGGAUAGCGUUCUUUGCUACUCGUGGGAUAAAGGCAGGAGAGGAGCUCACAUUUGACUACAAAAUGAAAAUUGAUCCAGUUGAUGCCGAGAGCACGAAGAUGGAUUCUAAUUUUAGUCUGACGGGACUCCCAGGCUCCCCUAAGAAGCGCAUGCGCGUAGAGUGCAGAUGCGGGGUACCAACAUGUCGAAAGUACCUCUUUUAGAGGAAGUCCAUGCAAAAUAGGAACUGAAAGAAGAUCAUGUGAUCCAGUGAAUUUUGAAAGUAUCUGUGGUUUAGAAACUGCUUUGGGUGGUGUUUGGAAAUACUUCAUUGAAUUUUAAAUAUAUAUUUAAGAUUUUUUUUUUAUUUCCCCAAGAUUAACCUCAGCUUUUUCCUUAGUAUUGUUGUUUUCCGAGCUUAAAUAGUGUAUAAAAUGUGGCAUUAAUUUUUUUUCGAUUUGUGCAUUAGCAAAGAUGUUUGUAAAGUUAAAAAAAAAAAAAAAAAAAACUUCAGUCCUUGUUUUAAACCCAUAUUUUAAUAUCAAAAGCUUUGACACCAUGGAAUCCUUAAAGUAAAAUUUUGUAAUUUUUUAAACAUUGAAAUGUUCAUAUGCUUUAUCUGUUUGAAUAGGAGGGAAUAGCCUUUUACUUUUUCCAACAAACUUUUGUAGUUUUUCUCGCCCCGUUUUUAGCAAGUAUCUUUAGGCCAGUGCAAAAGUAUGAAAAAUCAACAUGUCCUUCGUUCUAUUUUUUUCUUGAAAUGAACUUUCCACCAGGGGGCAAAAUUGUUCUAUUAAUGCACAGAAGGGGAAGUUUGUUAGACUGAAGUAGGUGGACCUACAUGAAAUGUUGCUUUUAACGCAUGCAAAAUGUUAUCAUUCUGUGUUUUAUGUGUACAUAGUCUAACACAUGACAAAAUAUAUUCAUACUGUCAAACUGAUCUUUCAGUGACUGUGUUUGAGCGCUGGACUUGACAGAUCAAUAAAUGAGAGCAAGUGCAUAUGUUUGGUUAUAAUUUCACAGAUCUGACUACUAUUCAGGGCUGUUUCCCCCAAAAGCACAGUUGGCCUAUUGUUGAUAGUGGUUCAUACAAUCUGCUAUGAUUUUGGGAAUCAUAGCUCAGGUGGUUUUCAGAACUGGACAGUGAAGCUGGAAUGCUUGCUGUAGAUGAAUGCAAGAUGGUAUAUAAAUUCUGGAUUAACCAAAGCUCAGGAACAUUUUGUUUAAAUUAAAUCAGUUCACAGAAUUAUACAACUAUUGUUCAACCAAAUCUGUGCAUAUGUAAAUAUAUAAAAAAAAAAAAAAAAUCAAGUUGCCUAGUCAGACCUCAUGUUGAUCACACAUCCAUGCAUGUGCAACUAUGUUCUUGUUUAUUAAAUCAUGAGUUCCACUGCUCUGUUCAAUGCCAAAGUUUAAUUCAUUUCAGUUUGGGUAAUUUCGAAUUCUUAUUGACAUUAACAGCAAGCUUGAUCAUCUUUAUGUGAAGAGUUGUACAUAAAAAAAGCUGUGAAAUAAACAGAUUGGUUUUUAUCGGUAAUAAACUUUUAUUUCUACUUUGACACUGACAUGAUAAAAUACAUGUGAAUAUUUCAUUAUUGAGAAGGAACAGUUCCAUCCUCUGCCUUCAAUGGUGUUUAGUCACCCAGUAACCUGAUGCUGUGACUUCAGUGCAAUGCGUGAACUUUUUGGGGUAUAAGAGGCUUGGGGCACACCGCAAAAUGCCAUACACUUGUCUGCUAACUGACAAGAACAGUUAGCAACACCAAGUGUUUCAGUUAACCCUUUAGGAAGUGGAGGGAUGUAAAAUACCAUACUCUUCCAAGAUUAACAUGUUAACUUAUUUAAAGCUUAUAGACAGCAUGUGUCUGUAACUGAAGUCACAGAUAACAUCAAACACACAUUCACAGUGAAAUUAAAUGAACAAACAUUCAAACUCAAAUGUCAUAAAACAUUUCAUACCUUGAUAAAUGCUCUGCUUAGUUCAAAGUUGCCUACACAGACUAACUCCUCAUUGUGGUAUAAGCAAAACCUCAGAUUUAACUAAACAACUUAAACUCUAUUAAAAUUCUGCUCUGAAAUCA